GAACGCUGGGCGGUGUCGAGCCCAGAGUCCCCGCAACGGAGCCGCUAGGAAUAGGCGAGCUGCAGCUCCCGACGACGCACACCACUAGCGGGACUCCGCGUUCACGCCCCGGUGCGCCCAGGCUCCGCCCCUACCUGGGCCGAGCCCCCGCCUCUGCCGCGCCAUUGGGUAACCCUGCCGCCCGUCAGACGAGCCCCCGCCGCCCUCCCCGGGCCCGGAGUUGCUCCUCUUAGCGCUGGGGCCGGCGGCCCGCGCCACUCUACCGUGCUGGACCGGCCCCAGACCCCGCAGCCGCUCGGGCCGCCUGCGGCGGGCUCAGGGCAAACCAUGCGCCCUUUGAGCGCACCGCCUGCCCGCUGGCUCUGCGUGCUGGCAGGAGCCCUCGCCUGCGUCCUCGGACCCGUGGGCAUCUGGGCAGCCAGCCCGCAGCAGGAGUGUGAGUACCUGCAGAUGAUUGAGAUGGAGCGCAGGCAGUGCCUGGAGGAGGCCCAGCUGGAGAACGAAACCACAGGCUGCAGCAAGAUGUGGGACAACCUCACCUGUUGGCCAACUACUCCUCGGGGCCAGGUGGUGGUCCUGAGCUGCCCCCUCAUCUUCCAGCUCUUCUCCUCGAUUCACGGACGCAACGUCAGCCGCAGCUGCUCUGAAGAAGGCUGGUCACAGCUGGAGCCCAGCUCCUACUACAUUGCCUGUGGGAUGGAAGACGGUGCAUCUAGUGUGGAUGAGCAACAACAGACGGAGUUCUACAGCGCAGUGAAGACUGGCUACACCAUCGGCUACGGCCUGUCCCUUGCCAGCCUCCUGGUUGCCAUGACAAUCCUGAGCCUGUUCAGGAAGCUACACUGUACCCGAAACUACAUCCAUAUGCAUCUCUUUAUGUCCUUCAUCCUGAGGGCCACCGCUGUCUUCAUCAAGGACAUGGCUCUCUUCAACAGCGGAGAGACGGACCACUGCUCCCAGGGCUCGGUAGGCUGCAAGGCAGCCGUGGUUUUCUUCCAGUAUUGCAUCAUGGCCAACUUCUUCUGGCUGCUGGUAGAGGGUCUCUACCUACACACCCUGCUGGCCGUCUCCUUCUUCUCCGAGCGGAAGUACUUCUGGGGGUACAUACUCAUCGGCUGGGGGGUGCCCAGUGUAUUCACCAUGGUAUGGACCAUUGUCAGGAUCCAUUUUGAGGAUUUUGGGUGCUGGGACACCAUCAACUCCUCACUGUGGUGGAUCAUAAAGGCCCCAAUCCUCACCUCCAUCUUGGUGAACUUCAUCCUGUUUAUCUGCAUCAUCCGUAUCCUAGUUCAGAAACUACGGCCACCCGACAUCGGGAAGAAUGACAGCAGCCCAUACUCGAGGCUGGCCAAGUCCACGCUUCUGCUGAUUCCCCUGUUUGGAGUUCACUAUGUCAUGUUCGCCUUCUUCCCUGACAAUUUUAAGGCUGAGGUGAAAAUGGUCUUCGAACUUGUCGUGGGGUCUUUCCAGGGUUUUGUGGUGGCGGUCCUCUAUUGUUUCCUCAAUGGCGAGGUGCAGGCGGAGCUGCGGCGGAAGUGGCGACGUUGGCAUCUACAGGGCGUCCUGGGCUGGAGCUCCAAAUCCCAGCACCCGUGGGGAGGCAGCAACGGCGCCACGUGCAGCACACAGGUGUCCAUGCUGACCCGUGUCAGCCCCAGCGCGCGCCGCUCCUCCAGCUUCCAAGCCGAGGUCUCCCUAGUCUGACCGCCAGAGGCCGCCAGGCCCCUCUGCACCCUCCCCUCGCCGGCCCCUGGAGAGGUCUGCAGCGGGCGCCACUAGCUCCAACCUUGGGUCUAGAAGUAUUCCUUUGCUGCAACGGGUGACCAAGUCCAUUCAAGUUGGAGAUCAAAGAGGUCCAACCCUGGAUGAAGCGGGGAGGGACCAGCAUUAGACUCCGCCUCCAAAGGUCCUUCUGCCAAUCAUGCCGACAAAAUCUGCAUAUGCCUCCUGGGAAGCAGCCGCCUGUCCUUAAAGCUUCGGGACUCUUGAGGGCAAAAACAUUCUGCCCUGUUCGUGCCUAGAAUUUCACUGUGGCCCUCAAGUCGCUUUGGGUUAAGUGUUGCCAAUGAGACUCCUCUCCGAGGAUGCAAUGCAGUCCCCUCCCCGAGUGUCCUGCUUUUAUCUGCCAGCUCCUCCGGGUGGGUGAGUUCCUCUACCUCAGACAGAUACGGUUGUGAUCUGGAGUUUCUGUUUGGGGACCACAGCUGUGCUGUGAUCCUCGCUCAGGAUGGAAUUGUCCCAGCGUCGUCGGUAUACUCUCGGACCUGGGAACUCAGGGACCUACCUUUGGGAAGGGAGAAGACAGCCCCAGCCAAUGCUCACCAAGUGGCUUUGCCCAUCAGAUAGGAUCUGUCACACCAGCCUUAUGCACAACCAAAGCAAUAGCGAUCUGCCCACUCUGGGUGCUCGCCUACCAACUACACCAACUCCUGCAGCAAGGGCCAGAGACGUGAGCCCGCAGGUAGGGAAACAAUCUUAGAGAGAGCAGGUAUCUCUUCCUGUCACUAAUGCCAACAUAAAGACUUCCUUUUUACAUAUUGUGACCUGCUGGAUUCUGUUGGGGUUGUAUUACCAGCGAUGUUAUUACCCUCAUCCCCUAGUUCCCGUGCCUCCUCAGAGAGAGGCUGGGCGUGGCACUGACAUCGGGGGUCAGGACAUCUUAUGUUCCCUCCACGCUUAUAGUCACACAGCUUCUAACCCAAGCUGGUGUCAGCAGGUCCCCUCAGAGCUGCACCAGGCUUGUAUGGCAAUAAAUAAAUAUCGGCUCUAGCAGGCUUAGUUCCCCUGGCCACAGUGGGUCUCCUGCUUCCUCUAAGCAAGUAUGUUAUCCCUGCUCCAGUGAGAGAUGGUUCAUUGAAGCUACUGCCCUUCUGGCUUUGGACAGGAGCCACCCAUUUCCAUGUGAGUACCUAUCCCCAGAGUCUUUGACUCACACUUGAGUGUGAAGAGGUUAUAACUGGCCCCGUUGUGACCCUCACCCCCUAAAUCCAGCUGGAAGGAGACAGAUUCUGCCUUGAACCAAAUCAGAGCAGCCAAUGGAACAAUCAGAAACAGCAAGGUUUCACGGUCAUUCCUGAAAACACAGCAAACAGAGAACAUGAGGCCCGGGUCGCUGUUGCCUAGGAGCCAACCGAGAGGGUUAGAUCAGUGCAGAUGGCCCAGUUCAAGUCAGUAAGGAGAGGCUGUGUGACUAACGGAAAGGUUUAGUGUGGCGAAGCAGGUGACGUCAGCAGGUCAGCGAGAUGUAGCUUCCAAGCGUCUGGUUCCACUUUGUAAGCAUGUGGAGUUGUCUUGCUUGGCGAGCCAGACAUGAGUGCCAGGCUGGUACAAAGAGGCCAGGCUGGCUAACAGAGGCUCGAAUCUGCCUACAAGGCCUCUUCAAAGGCUGCUGCCACUUGGUCCAUCCCAGGACAGAUCAGAAAUAUCUUCUGGAGUAUGUGUAGGUCAGAAAGGACCCCCUGCCUAAAGAAUAGGCCUGAAAUCUCCAACAGUACUGUGCUGUGAUGUGGGAUAAGUCACGGAGUCCUGGAGCAGAGCAGUUCCUAGUCAAGAGGGCAGAGUGAGUAGAAGCAAGACCUAGCAUGUGUUCGAGAAAGGAAGGGCAGAGUUAGGGAUAAAAAGACUGGAAGCCUUGAUUGGGGAGCUAAGGAAACUUGUGCCAAUAUCCUAGGUUAGGGACAGCUGUGGGGUAGGAGUGACCCCAGGCAGGACUAUCCCAGUCUCUUCCCAUCCACGCACCUGUCAAACCAGACCAAGUCAUCUCUAGUGCCAUCUGGUGGACACUUUGAAGACUUCACCAACUUUGACGAUCUUUCUCUGGGAGGCAACCUACACAGACACAGGCCUCCCUUCUGUGCUCCCAAGAGUGAGACAGAAGGUGUGGGGAGGAUUGUGCCCAGGUCAGCCCACACACACCCUCACAUCAAACUACUGGCCUCACAUUAGUCCUGCCUUGACCCAAAAGAACUUAACGGAACCCAGACUCUGGUGGUUCAUUAAAAUUAAACCCUACCUACAGUCUCUAAGGGCAAAGGCCAGUUAAUUCAGGCACCAUCUGAACCCAGGGAGGUUCUGUCCGCUCUGUAGGAAAGACCUGUUUGCAGGUAGUCUUCUCACUCCGGAGCAGUCUGUCCAAGGAGGCUUAUCCACCUGCUAGCAGAACAUCACUGAGGUGUUGGGGGGUUAGGAGAGGUCUUAGGAUCCCAAGGGAACAUGUUUAGGUGUCACAGAUACGUGAAUCCAGCCUAGUAGGUGUUGGGGUGCUUACCAGUCUAUAAGAUGAGGUCGAGAGAUGGCUGGGGUUGAUGCAGAAAAGGACCCAGGGUGUAUGUCUGGAAAGGAUGCUAGACCACCAAUAGGAAAGGGAGGAGGUCAUCUGGGAAGACAAUGGCCUGGUUUGAGACAUGUUGAAUGUAAUAUGUGCAGGGUGUCUGAGGAGAGACCCUCUGAGGCUACUGGAAAUGUGACCUAAAGGGACAGAAGGUGGGAAGAGCAGGGCAGCCCCUUGGAAGAAACAGUGAGUAUAAGGGCAAGACCCCAGGCACCACCCCCCCCCGGGGGCGUGCUGGGCACAGUGGGGUGAGGACUCUGACUCAGCCCCUCCAUCGUAGCUGCCACGCAAGGUCUUGUUUUAAUGAGCAGUGGCGAGCUUCUCCCCGCCCCCAUGUGGGAACAGGAACAGCUCUUAUCUCUCUGGGGGAAGGGGAAGGGGUGGAGCUCCAGCCAGGGAUGGUCAAGAUAUUAAUAGCCCCGGAGGCUAUGACUCUGAAGACACAGACUCCCAGGAAAAGGGAUGCGUCAGGAGGCCAUCUUGGCAAUGCCCCAGCCUCCACAAAAGACAGAUGGGAUAACCAAAAUCCAAAGAAGGAAAGUCAUUGUAGAGGUUGGUGUUGAGCCCAGCUCUCCAAAUCCCAUAGCCGUGCCUCAGAUACUCUAGAUAUUGUCAAAGAUGGGAUCAUUCGGAUGUGCCCUAUCUGGGGACGUGAGAAGGUCAGGCCAGUUAGUAAUCCUGAUUCUGUCUUGAUAUAUUGUUCAUCCUGUAUUUUUGCAUUAACUUUGAUAUUUUAAAAUACUGUAUUAAAAUAUUAUUUACCUUGA